GGAGCACCAGCACAGGUUCCCCAAUGGUGAGCCUUGAGGGCUGGAUCCAGGCAAACCAGGAGCCGCAUCCUGCCCCUGUGCCUGAUGUUCUUCAUAGUUGUUGUAAACCGGUGGUCCCUAACAUUUUGGGGCUACUGGGAGCCUGGGGGUAGCACUGCGCAUGCGCCUGGCUCGAGCUGGCUCUGGUCACUAGGCAGGUGCACAUAAAUGCCCCAGCGGGCGCUGUGGUGCCCGUGGGCACCGUGUUGGGGACCACUGAUGUAAACAAUGAGGCUUGAUGGGGCAGGCUCUUCUCUUGUGCAAGCUAAAGGUGUCCUUCAUAAUUUUGCAAAUGGAGCUUUUAAAGUCUUUGCUCAUUCUGCAUUUUGGAUGUACAACUGCAGAAAACUUUUUUUUUUUUUUAAAGGAUCAUAUCAAAUGGAGCUGUAAUUAUGAAAUUUGCAGGCGAGCCCUGCAAAGCAUUUAGGAAGUGUGAUAGGUGCAUUUUAUAAAUUCAAAACUAGAUAACAAAAGUAAUCUCCCUCCUGACAAAUGUAAAUUAUACAAAUAUUUAGAAUAAAGAGCUAAAUCCCAAUAACCAUGUUACCAACUUUUUACAUAUGCUUUUUCUCUUUAAAGAAAAAGUGACUGAGGAAUGUCUUUCCUAUACUUUCAGUUGCACAGUUUAAUAUCUGUGUGCUGUUUAAAACGUGUUCUAACAAGUACAUAACAGAAGACAGGGUAAUAAUUCUGAGACUGUUGGUAAACAAGAAAGAAGUAAGAUAUUGCUGUUAAGCUAAAGUGGUGUAAUUCAGUGAUUGCUUUAGUUAUUAUUGUAGAGCUCUUAAUAUGUCUGUUUUGUUUUAGGGUGAAUAAACGAGAGAUGAAUGCCAUCUGUAGCUUAAAGAUAGCUGGUAGGAACCGCAUUUUAUUUCGCUUAACUUCUUUGGCCAGUAAGGCAAAGUGCAAUAAUCUUUAUAGGUCUUCUAUUGAAGGUUUGAAUGUACAUCGUCAGAUUCAAAUAAAUCAUAGAGUGGAUAAAUGCAAGCGAUUAGAUAUAAGCAGCAACAACAGCUAUUAUUUUAUGAUUGGAAGCUCUAACUUCUACAGAAAAUCUAUUAAUAAAAGCCAAAGAUGUUUUUUGAAUGCCAAGAAUAUAGAAGUGUGCACAAACAUACACAGUAGCUGUCCUGGUUUCCUGGCCUCUCAGCUGAUAGUGGAAGAGCUUGCAUUAUUCCGAAGUCUUGCUCCACUGCAGUCCCUAAAUCCCAUUGCUGCUUGGAAUGUUCAGAUCAUCAGGCAUUUUCACGCCUCAUCAUCACUUCAGGCUGCUCCAGUGCCUCUAUUGUGGAUUAUCCUUAAACCAGUUCAGAAGCUAUUUGCUAUCAUUCUCGGAAGGAGCAUCAGAAAAUGGUGGAAGGCACUGCCUCCUAACAAACAGGAACUAUUUAAAGAAAGUGCAAGAAAAAACAAAUGGAAGAUAGUCCUAGCUCUUUGUAGCUUAGCACUUUUAUUUAUCGUGUUUUAUUUUACUCACUUAGAGGAGACACCAAUCACUGGGCGUGCUCGACUAUUGGUGUUUGGGAAUGAACAUUUUAGAGCAUUGUCACAGAUGGAAUAUGAUAUGUGGAUGGACCAGUUUAAAAAUAAAAUGUUAUCCGAGACAGACCCUCGCUAUCAGGUAGUGAAAAAAAUUGUUGGUCAUCUGUCUGAAAGCAACCAGGACAUCCCAGAGGUUUCAGAGUUUACGUGGGUUAUCCAUGUGGUGGAAGAACCAGGCAUAAAUGCUUUUGUACUUCCAAAUGGACAAGUAUUUGUUUUCACUGGUUUGCUAAAUGCAGUGUCAGAUAUUCACCAGCUCUCUUUCAUUUUGGGCCAUGAAAUAGCUCAUGCUGUUUUGGGACAUGCAGCAGAGAAGGCCAGUCUGGUACAUUUCUUGGAUUUCCUGUCACUUAUCUUGCUUGCGGUUAUUUGGGCAGUCUGUCCCAGAGAUAGUUUGGCAAUUGUAGGUCAGUGGAUCCAGAGUAAGUUGCAAGAGCUUAUAUUUGAUAGGCCAUAUAACAGGACAUUGGAAAUUGAAGCUGACAAAGUUGGACUUCAGUUUGCUGCGAAGGCUUGUGUGGAUGUAAGAGCAAGCACUGUGUUUUGGCAGCAGAUGGAAUUAGCUGAGACCAUUCAAGGGCAGCGUAAAUUACCAGAAUGGCUUUCCACACACCCUUCUCAUGAAAACAGAGCUGAAUGCUUGGACCGGCUUAUACCAGAGGCACUUAAAAUAAGAGAGAGUUGCAAUUGUCCCUCUCUCUCUGGACCAGACCCUCGCCUUAUUUUUAAACUUAACAUGCAGCAUCUUCUGGAAGCAUCUAAGGAUAAAGAAGGCCAUAACGCUACUCAACAUGGUCUUGCAAAGCCAAAAGUGGACUUUCCUUCUGUUCAAAAGGGGGAAAAACUUCCAGUAACUCUUGCAGUUGAAAAAGAACCAGCAAACUGAAGGGAAAAUAUAUUCACCAGAAAAACUUCACAAACUGUUGAUUGAACAGAUUUUUUUUCCUGAAGCACUUUUUUGAUUCUUUUAAGAUUAUCAAAUGGACAAAUAAUUGCAAAUCAUGUUUGUACUUCCCUGGUGCCAAAAAUCUGUUGAAGGAAACUUGUCUCUCUGUAACACAAAGUAGAUCAAGCCAUCAGUAUUCCGGGUUCCCAAACUUGUGGUGAUCUCCUUCUCAGUGCAAUGAGGAACUCUCCCCACAUAUAAAGAGUAGUGUGUUGGAGUUGAGAGACUUUUAUUCAAUAAGGGAUACUAAACAUAAAUCACUGCAGGGGAGGGGUAAUAAUCUCUGUACAGUCCAUUCACGCAAAUGGCAGAGCAGCAAUAAAAUGGCCAGUGAGCUGUACAUAUAUCCACCUAAUUGGAUGGCUUUCUGCUGGGCAUUUUUGUAUCAUAUAUCUUUUAAAGGCACUUUAGAAAUCAGGUUGAUUCAGCAUUUCACUUCAAAGUAAUCUGAAAGGAUUGUGCAGAAUUGUAUUUAAAAGUGAAGUCAGAAAAUGUCCCAGUGAAUCUAUAAAACCCGUUAAGAACUGUGACUUGUAGCACUGGGAUAUUUUGCAAGUGAUCACUUUUAAUGAUGUCUCUUUGAACAAUUGAGAUGUUUCUUCCAAGGCCAGAUUCACUUCAGCUGCAACUGGUCUAGAUAGAUCAGCACUUGACUAUUAGUGGUUGAUACUCUCUAAAUACAUUAGGUAAUGAAACCCUAUAAAACGUCUAAGCUAUAUAGCGGCAGAGGAAGCAUCCUAUUUUGUAUGUUUAUUUCUCCUUAGGAAACUGUUAUCGAAUACCAGUUUAGAAGUCUGCCUUCCCAGUCUGUCCUUCUUAAUGGGGAGAUGAGUAAUUGGAGGUGCUCGGGCUAGAAUGGAUGAGUGUAGUUUCCAAUGCAAGGCCUUGGUUGAAGUAGAUCUGGUGAAGAAGGAGACUUAAAGCAAAUGCCUCCAAAAUGAAACUUGGGAGAAUUUGCGAAGCUACUCCUCUGCCCCUUUGUACAGUGAGCUUCUCAGAUUGCAUAUAGGGAUGCAAUCCUCCAUCGGCAAACUUGAGUUGAGGAGCAGCUCCUUGGGGAUUAUGUAGAUGGAAGGCAGAAGAUUUCUCUGCUCCUUCAGCACAUGUAAGUUUGGGGAGCCAAUCUUACUUCCUGUGCUUGCCAGUCUGUGAGUUAAACUAGCAAACUGUACAGCCUCAUUUGAUGAGCUUGGGAAAAGGGCCAGAACAUUGUAAUGUGCAGCAAAGAAUCAUGUGCCCAAGAAGCUCCCUGCUUCAGAGUUGUUUUAUUUUUGUCCUUUCAUGAUUGACUGACCUUUUCUCCUUUAGCUAGGCUUUUCGUGAAGCACAACCAGCACAUCAUGUUUAUUUUCAGCUGGUUGAUAGGCUCUUCCUUUCCAGUUCCUAAAAAUUAUUGUGUGCCAUCCUUUUUGAAAUAAAAAAAGAUACAGUGAACGAAAGAGGAAGAGAUCUUUUACUGAUUGAAGCCUAUGCCCUAACUAUUGUUUUGGGGAUCUGUUUUUUUUUUUAUUAAAAUAAAGUUCAAGAAGAAAAUUACUGAUGCUUUCCUAUGCUAUAAGUGGGAAAACUGCAGGAUUUUAUUACAAUGUUUGACAAUGUGUAUCAGAUCAUGACACAGAUGGAAUUUGAAUGAUCCUGUGCAUUAUAAAGGGGAAGGGGAGAGCUAUGAAAUUUUAGAAUGUACCAGACAAAUCACAAUUUUAUUUUCCUUUUAAAUUUGAAUGGAAUUUUUCUGAAAAAACGACAUUCCGCAGUGGCUCUAGGCGCAGAGUCUGAAAGAGUUUAUGAACAAUAGUUUGUUUGCUGACUUAACCCAAAGAAUAUGGGUCCUUUGAGCCAUCUGACAUCUCAGUUUCAGGGUGAAGAGGCUGUAUUUGCAAGGUUGACUGUGCUGAUGUUUUCCAGGUCUGUUUAUAUAUAUUUAGAUUGACAGCAUAUUACUUGCAAGCUAUUUUUAAAUUUGUAUGCAAGACACCACUGACAACAGGCAGAAUGGCCAGCCUCACCAUUAUCCAUCUAUCCAUUAUUUUUAUUCUUACUGACAGGAGUUUAUGUAACAGACGUUCAGCAGUGUGUUAAGGCAUUUGGACAUUGUCACUUGAAGGUAAACAGAAAAACACACCAUUUAGAUUUCCCUGUAGAUUUUAUAACUUAAACUGUAUAGUCAAGACCCCAAUGCUUCUUCCCUCCCACCCCAAUGUCAAAGCUUGUUUUGUUAUCCAGUCCUUGUGGCUGACAUGCAACAUGAUUUUGUCAGGGAAGACAAGGGAGAACAUAGAGAACUGUUUUUUAAAAUAAAGUUUGUGUAUUUUAAA